AUGUCUUGGUGUGCGGUAAAAGACUGUAAUAGUGGACGAAAACAUAGAGCUAAUUUAUAUGGUAAUGAAGGUUCAGAUGUAAGGUUUUUUAGAUUUCCAAAAACCUCUUAUUAUUGUGAUAAAUGGAUUGAUUCUUGUGGCAAAAAUAGAAAUGGUAUAAAUACAAAUAACGCGAGAAUUUGUUCAUUGCACUUUGAUGAAAAUGCCUAUAUUCCAAAGCCACUGGUUGAAACUAUGCUUGGUAUUUCACCAAGGCAUAAACGCAAAUUAAAGUUUGAUGCACUUCCUACUUUAAAAGUAUGGAAUACAUCAAGUUGUAUUGAUUAUGUUGAGAAAAAUACAACAGAAACUGAAACAACUAAUUUGGUUGAUGCCGGGUUGGAACAGAUUCAUCAGGAACCACUUAAUAAUGAGUUAGUAAAUUUAGAAGAGAGUGGAGUUGAUCUAUUUAAUAUGUCUUUUCAAAAUGACCACUAUUGUACAACCAUAAAUGGUUCUAAUAUUUCUACGAGUUCAAAAUCGACAAUUGAUGCUCAGCAUCCUAGUAUUGAAGAUAGUUGGAAUUUGAAAAAAAACAAAGAUGAUGCACAAGAAAUUUCAAGACUACAGAAUCUGUUAAACGAUAAAAUGGUAGAAAACAAAAGUUUGAAGGAAGAAAUCACAAGGUUGAAAAAUAUUAUAGCCAUACAAGAAGGAAAAUUGUUGACAGCUAAUGACCAGAAACGACAAGAACAUCUGUUUGAAAUACAUUUUAGAGAAAAGUUAUCAGAAAUGUUUUCUCCAACACAAAUUGAUCUAAUUUUAAAUCCAAAAGAAAAAGUUUUUAGGUGGUCAAAUGAAGAUAUUGCUGCAGCUAUAUCUUUAAGAAGUGUAUCUUCAAAAGCUUAUUUUUAUUUGCGUGAAAAAAAAAUUAUCCCCUGCCAGGUAAGUCUAUCAACAUUGAGAAAGUGGGCAGCUACAUUUUCAGUUGAAAAGGGAAUGUUAACUGAUGUUUUAGCCCUGAUGAAGGAAAAAGGAAAAUCAAUGAGCCGAAAUGACAAAAUUACAGUCUUAUCUUUUGAUGAAACGUAUAUUUCUCAUAAAAUAUCGUAUGAUAAAAAAAAUGAACAAAUUUUAGGACCAUACAAGUGUGUCCAAACUGUCAUGGCUAGAGGGCUUACAUGUUCCUGGAAACAACCAGUAUUUUAUGAUUUUCAGUGUCCAAUGACAAAAGACCUGCUGUACAAUAUUAUAUCUGAAAUUCAUAACUCAGGUUUUGAGGUUGUUGCAUUAGUAAGCGAUAUGGGGCCAACUAAUAUAGGAUUAUGGAAGAAUUUAGACAUCACUCCUUCCUCUUCUUGGUUCAUAAAUCCUGUGUCAAGAAAAAGAGUCCAUGUAUUCGCAGAUGUCCCUCAUUUAUUGAAAUUGGCGAGAAACCAUUUUAUUGAUAAAGGUUUUGAUUUCCCAGAAAAUGUAUAUGUUGGAAAAAAUGUUUUGGAAGAAUAUCUGAAAAUAUCAAAAAAAUCAGAAUUUGAAUUGGCAUAUAGAUUUUCAGAAAAACACAUAAAUGUAACAGGAACAUUAAGGCAAAAUGUGAAAUUAGCUACACAAGUUUUCUCUAAUCGUUUAGCUGAAGCACUGAAAUAUUGUGGUAAAAAAAAUAUGCUUACUAUGUACAACUGGAAAGAAGCUUCAGAAUUAAUCAAGCUGUUCAAUGAUUGGUUUGAUCUAUUGAACACUCAGUUGCCAAUUGAUAAAUUCACCAAAAGUUAUGGUAUGGAUGAAGACAGUCAGAAUGAACUCCUGAAAAAGAUGGAUUCAACAAUUGAAAACAUGAAAGUACAUGGAAGUAAAAAAAGAUUACCUUUUCAAACUGGAAUUUUAGUCACUAACGCAUCUUUAAGAAACCUUUUAAUAGAUAUUAAAAAUAAUUACAAUGAUAUUUAUUAUAUUAUGACAAGACGAGUAAAUUCAGAUGUAUUGGAAAACCUAUACAGUUAUUUAAAAGGUAUGGUUGGUUCCAAUACUCACAUGACACCAAUUGAAUUUAAAUAUUGUUUACGAUGGUACUUACUGGGUAAGCAUUCAAACAUGGUAUUUACUAAUAACCAUAAUACCCAAGACACAGAUGAAAGCUGUUUGGUAAAUUGCUUAUCUGGAAUAAUUUUUAAUGAUGCUGAAGUUAUAGAAUGUUUUCCAACCGAUGUUCAAGCAGAUAUAACUGAUGAUGCAUUAACUUCUGUUAUGUCUGACCUCGGAGGAAAUACUGAAGAUACAGAAGAAUCAAAUUCAGAAUUAUUAGACAAUUAUGAUAUACACUCGUUGAUGGAAGUUCAUGAAAUGUCUGAAAUUGAAAAAGAGUGCAUUGAAUAUAUUAUAGGAUCGGUAGUUAAAAAGUUUAUAAGCAAGUAUCCAUACUUGGGAGAGAAAGUAUACCAUUGCAACGAAAAUAAUUCAAGUUGGACCGAGCAAAUGACAAAAGUCAAUUUAAUAAGACCAUCCAGCGAUGUUACUUAUGUAGCAAAUGUUAUUGAAACAAUUUUCAAUAUAUUUCAUGGAAAUAAUGGAUUGAAUAAAUCACCAGGUAUAAUAAAAAAAGUCACAGAUUUAGUCCUCAAAGAAAUUAAUAACGAAAUUCCAGUGGAGGUGAUUAAUUGUUUGGUACGGACAAGAACUUUCAUAAGAUUAAACAAUCUGAACAAAGCAAUAGCAAAUAAAAUAUUUGACGUAAAAAGGACAAAUGUCAAAAAAUUUAUUUGCUAA